AUGGCCCCCAAGGAAGACUGCCAGUAUGCAGGGAUUCUCUCUUUGCUCCUGCAUUUCAAGUGGACAUGGAUUGGGAUCCUUACCUCUAAUGAUGAAUACGGAGAUAGAUUUCUACAAACUGUGGUUCCAGAGUUUUCUCAAAGUGGCAUCUGUUUUGCUUUCAUAGAAAAAAGUCACACACAUAUGAUUUUCACUGAAAUUAAUGACAUGUUCAAUCAGGGAGCAAAGGUACAUGAUAACAUUAUUGACAGCAAAGCCAAUGUGGUAGUGGUUUAUGGAGAAUCUCAUAGUAUUAUGUUUUUGAGAUGGUUUCCAUAUCUAUCAGGGCAAGAGCACAUGACAAAUAAACAGAAAGGCAUAGUGUGGAUAGUAACAGCCCAGAUGGAGCUGACUUCCAUUGCUUAUCAAAGGACCUGGGAUACAGACAUCCUUUAUGGUGUUCUAUCUUUCACAAUUCAUUCCAAUAACCCACCAGGAUUUCACCAAUUUAUUGACAGUAGAAAACCUCUCGAAACCAAAGGAGAUGGUUUUAUAGGACACUUCUGGCAACAUGCAUUCAGCUGUGUAUUUCCAAAUUCAGCAAUGAGCAAUGUGGAUGGGGAUAUUUGUACAGGGGAAGAGAAGCUGAGCAAUCUUCCUGGGCCAUUUUUUGAAAUGAGCAUGACUGGCCAUAGCUACAGCAUCUACAAUGGAGUGUAUGCCGUGGCCCAUGCUUUAAAUGCAAUGUCCUCAUCUAGACACAAAUAUCGAACAAUGGCUAUUGAUGGAGGACUGAAAUUUCCAAAUAUAAAGUUGUGGCAGCUCCAUCACUAUCUAAGAGGUGUUUCCUUUAACAACAGCGCUGGUGAUAAGGUUUCUUUAGACCAGAAUGGGGAGUUAAUCGCUGGAUAUGAUAUUAUAAACUGGAUUUUUUCUCCAAACCAAUCCUUUCAUAGAGUGAAAGUUGGGAAGAUUGAUCCACGUGUUUCGCGAGACCAAGCAUUCACCAUCAAUGAGAAUGUCAUAGCAUGGCACCAUUGGUUUAACCAGGUUAAGCCUCUUUCUGUAUGUAGUGAGAGUUGCCAUCCUGGUUCUAGCAAGAAAAUGAAAGAGGGGGAGCCAUUUUGCUGCUAUGAUUGCACCCCAUGUCCAGAAGGAAAGUUUUCAGAGCAGGAGGACAUGAACGACUGUUCUACGUGUACGGACAAAACCUAUCCAAGCAAAAGACAGGAUUUCUGUAUUCCUAAGGUCAUUACAUUUUUGUCUUACACAGAACCUUUGGGGAUCAGUUUUACCUUUUUGGUCCUUUCUUUUUCUUUGAUCACAGCUGUGGUGCUAGGAAUGUUUAUGAAGCACAAUGACACUCCCAUUGUCAAGGCCAACAACCGCAAUCUCACCUACACUCUCCUUUGCUUCCUCCUCCUCUGCUUCCUCUGUGCAUUACUUUUCAUUGGCCAGCCUGGGGAGGUGACAUGUCUCCUUCGACAAACUGCUUUUGGCGUCAUCUUUUCAGGGGCUGUUUCUUGUGUGCUGGCCAAAACCAUCACAGUGCUUCUGGCUUUUAUGGCCACUAAACCUGGAUCUAGGAUGAGGAAGUGGGUGGGGAAAAGACUUGCCUACUUCUUUGUUCUUUUCUGUACCCUUGUUCAAGCAGGCAUUUGUGCUGUGUGGAUAGUAACCUCUCCCCCAUUUCCAGAUGUUGACAUGUGGUCAGUAAUGGAGGAAAUUGUCCUGGAAUGUAAUGAGGGUUCAAUGACUAUGUUUUAUUGUGUUUUGGGCUAUAUGGGCUUCCUGGCAAUUAUCAGUUUCAUUGUGGCGUUCCUUGCCAGGAAGUUACCUAACAGUUUCAAUGAAGCCAAAUUCAUCACUUUCAGCAUGUUGGUCUUUUGCAGUGUUUGGUUAUCCUUUGUUCCAGCCUACCUGAGCUCCAAGGGUAAAUACCUAGUUGCUGUGGAGAUCUUUUCUAUCUUGGCCUCCAGUGCUGGACUGCUGAGUUCCAUCUUUGCCCCAAAAUGUUACAUUAUUGUGUUGAGGCCUGAGCUGAACAACAGGGAACAGCUAAUAAGAAGGAAAGCAUGA